CAGAAGCCGGCGGGCAGUGUGUGUCGGGCGCGCGUCGGUGGAUCUCGUCUGCAGCCACGUGGUUCCGUCUGUUGAUCCUUUUUUGUCCGCGCUCGCCUUCUCGGUGCCCGGGUAGGGCAGUAGCUGUCAGAUGGUAUAAACGGUCGCAGAUGAUUUCCUCCUGCUGUGUACGAGUUGUGUGAUUGUGGAUCGUGUGGAAUAAAUUGCGAUUAGACACUGCGUUUUUGCCGCCAAAAUGACUUUGAAGAACGAUCGCGUUGCUGCGUCCGAGAAGGACGCCCUCCGCGGGGGCGAAGCGUCGAAAAGUGAAGGGGUGAAGCUAAAGAAGGAGCUGGGCUUGUUGGACGGUGUCGCGAUCAUUGUUGGGGUGAUUAUUGGAGCCGGUAUUUUCGUGUCGCCCAAAGGAGUUUUGCUGAAUUCAGGCUCUGUAGGACUUUCCCUUAUCAUUUGGGUGUUGUCAGGUCUCCUUUCUACCAUCGGCGCACUGUGUUAUGCAGAACUAGGUUUACUUACAGUCAUCAAUUGUUACAACGUUAAAUGGGCAACACGAGUACAAGAUAUAUUUACUGGGACCAAGAUUUUGGCUCUUAUCAUUAUAAUUAUUGCUGGAUUGUAUGCAUUAUUUGCUUAUGGAUCACCGAACUUUGAUCGUCCUAUGUCUGGUUCUACUGUAGAACCUGGAUAUAUUGCAUUGGCAUUUUAUUCCGGACUUUUCUCUUAUUCGGGAUGGAACUACUUGAAUUUUGUUACAGAAGAACUGAAAGAUCCUUACAGAAAUCUUCCAAGGGCAAUUUGGAUCUCUAUGCCAACUGUCACUAUCAUAUAUGUUCUGGCAAAUAUUGCCUAUGUAGCAGUUCUGUCUCAGGAUGAAUUGUUAUCAUCUAGUGCUGUUGCUGUGACCUUUGGAGAGAAAAUGCUUGGUGUCAUGUCAUGGAUAAUGCCAUUCUCUGUUGCUUGUUCAACCUUUGGUGCUUUGAAUGGUGCAAUUUUUGCUUCUUCUCGUCUAUUUUUUGUUGGUGCUCGUCAGGGUCAUCUUCCCCAAGCAAUUGCACUUAUUAACGUGAAAAGAUUUACUCCUAUUCCAUCAUUAGUGUUUUUGUGUAUAAUAACAUUGGUGCUGCUUAUCAUCAAAGAUGUUUAUGUAUUGAUAAAUUACUUGAGUUUUGUUGAGGGACUGUUUACAACCUUUUCUGUAUCUGGUCUUUUGUGGCUUCGAUUCAGAAAACCUGAUAUGGAAAGACCGAUCAAGAUCAAUAUUAUCUUCCCAAUAAUUUUCUUCAUAAUAUGUUUGUUCCUGGUUACUUUCCCAUGUUACGUUAGUCCAUGGGAAGUCAGUGUUGGCCUGAUAAUGAUUGUAUCAGGAAUUCCUAUGUAUUUCAUAUUUAUAUAUUGGCAAAAUAAACCCCGGUGGAUAGAGAAAGCUUCAGAAACUCUCAACCUUUUGUGUGCUAGAACGUUUAUGUGUGUUUUAGAAGAUCAACCUGCUGCAUAAAUGCCAAGAGAGAUAGGGAAUAACUUCUAAUAAUAAGUUUUAUCUGCAACAUACUCAAUAUGUAAAUUCUCUUGCAUUGCUCUAUGCAGAACAGUGUACAUAUUGUGAGCAUGUGAGCUGUUUUCUACUCUUGUUCCUGAGAGUGUUUAUGAACUUUUUAUUGUAAUAGUGCACAUUUUUUAUGCACAGUUGUUGAAUGAUCUGUAUGAGAGAUAGUGAGUCUCAGUGUUUAUUCCAUGAAUCUGUGAAAAUAGUUUGUAAUUUCUACAUUUUAAUUUGUAUUGAUAUGAUGCAUUCCACUUUACACUUUCUAAGCUAUUUUCGUAUUGCAAUUGUGGAUUUAUUUCCAUCCAAGUAAAUAAUCAAAUUGUUUCAAGGAGAAAAGGAAAUUGCAGGGUAAAUUAAACAUAAGCAAUAUGAGUAUUCUCAGCCUUGUACUUCUUAAUUCUACCACAAUGAAAUUUUAGUUGUAUUGUCUAUUCAAAGAGAAUCUAUUUAUUACUUUUCUUUUUCAUUAAUACAUGAAAGUUUAAAAGAGAAUGUUCAGUUGUUUGCCUUUUUAUAGUAGAAAAAACAUUUGUAUAGACAAAAUAAAUUCAAAUCAUUUAAUGAAAUUUCAAAGAUUUUGAAAUUGUAAGUUAAAUUAAUCUUUUCUUUACAAUUGCUACAUAUUGUUUUAAAUUUAUUCAUGUUGGGAUUAAUAUCUUUGAUUUGACUGUUAUGUAAAAAUAACUAAUGUUUUCAAAAAAAGGACUGUUACAAUUAAUAUCAGGGCAAGAUUUAUAUUUUGGGACACUUAAAGCUCACCUACUCGUAUAAAAAUUGAUGACUUCAUACAUUUAUGAAAUAUAUGAAAUCAAAACUAUCAACAAUGGAUCAAAUAAUAAAAUUUGUUCAUAUUUCCUACAUUGGUAAAAGUAAUAAAAUUAAAAAUUGAAUUGAAAUUUAACGUAAGAAUAUAAUUUGGAAGUACACAAAACAUGUUGUGAUAGAUGUGUGUGUGAUGCCAAGUUCUUUCAAUUUCCUGACAGGACCCAUUUACUUUUACGUCUUCCUUGUUGUUCUUUACUAUACAAAUUUAAUUCCAUAAAUGUAACUUGCCCAUGUUUUAAAUAGCGAAAAGAGAAGAUAUCUAUUUGAAUGAAGUGAUCAUUAGCACUGAAUGAUCCAGAAAUGAUUAAUAUUUUUUAUGGAAAAAAUGUCCUUGUGGAUAAAUUAGGCAAUAUUCAAUACUUAAUUCAUUAUUAGUCAAGAUUCAUUAUUUAAUAUUUUUAUUUAUCAAUAUAUUUAUUUAUUGGUGAUGAGCAAAAAAAUUGAAUCAGCUGAAAUAGACGUAGACUAAUAGAACUUCAAGGUCAUCCAUAAAAUAAUACCUGUUUAAAGUUAGACAAUUAGUUAAAUUACAUUACAAUGCAAGAAAACUUGUCUCUCUGUUUCUUUAUUUAAAAAACUGUAUUUGACGUAAAAGUAAUUCAUAGCAUACAUUUUGUAAUAUAUAAGCAUUAAUCCUGUAUAUUUCAUUUUCCUUAUUUUUUAAUAUUCAUGUAUUGAAAAAUUUGGCAUCAUUAUCUGGUGGGCAAUGAGCCUGAAUAUAAAUCCAGCUUAGUGAAGAAAGAUUGUAACAAUAUUGUUCUUAAAAUAUUGCCUUUGGUAAAAGGAACGUGUACAUUUUAUUGUGAAAUUGUUAUCUUCCAAAUAAGAAAUUUGCUCAAAAUGUAUGAAGAGAAAUAUUUCAUUUCUUUAACAAUUAUUAAAAAUAUAUGUCAAAUGCAUUACUGUUUUUAUAUCUCUAUAAAAUUAUUCAUUGUAAUUAAAAUACCCUUUUUAUAAUGUCAAGAAAUGUGAAACAGGGAUUCAGGUACUGAGUGAUAGUCCACAAAAGUCUGCAAUAAAUCAACACAUUUGUAUGGAAUUUAAAGUAUUGCAUUUUUCAUUGACCAUAUCAAAUAAUUGUUUAUUUUGUGUUCACAAAUGGGGAAUUGGAAAGAAACAAUCAAUUGGAUAAAAUAAGAAGGAUGUGGAAGAAAAUAUUGGAAAAUGUAAUAGAAACAGCUUAAUAAUGGAAAGGCUUUGUGGACAUAUGAGAAAAGAAAUUGUUAUGAGAAUUGGUAACAUUGCACCAAAAGUAAUGUUGAAGUACAGUGCAGAAGUUUGAAUACUGGGAGCAAAGAAAACCAAGAGUACGGAAGUAGAUCUGAUGAAGUUUUAAGGGCAGUGUUUGGGAGUAGCAAGUUGCUUUGGUAAACUACAUUAAUUGUACAAUACAUAGAAAUCUACAUGGUCUUGUUAUAUCCCAGAGAAGAUUAUCUCUGUGGUUAUAAUCAUUGGGUCACCUUAACAGGAAUCAGUUUGAAAGAAAGAAUCUUACAUAAGUUUCGUUGAUGUGAUACUACAGUUGUCAGCCUAUUAUAUAGUAUGAUAGAGAAAUAAGUAUAGCCCCAAGUACUAUUACAUGCAAUAGUAUGUCAAAUAAGACUUAGUUUCAUUAAAUAAUUUCUAACAAUAAAGUGUGAGAAGAAAGGUGUGGUAGUAAUUAUACUGUAUAUUUAAUAGCCUAUAAACUUUCCAUAGUCAAAGAGGAAAGUUGAUAUGAAUUGUUAACUUAUAUUGCUUCAUUUAAUAAAAUGAGUUCCUCUGAAUAUUGACAAGUAAUUUGAUAAUUGAUAAGUUGAAGUCUCUGAAAACGUAUCUUGUCAUAAAUAUUGAAAAACAAACAAAUGGAUUAUCAUUUACACCACGGAACAUUAUUUUUUUCAUAUCAUUUACUUUUUAACAAUCACCAUUUUUUUCUUAUAUAAAUUCAUUAUCAAUGUUCCCAAAAAUAUAAUCAACUUGGACUGUUGUCUGAAUCUGUCAAGAAUGAUAUUCAGUACAACAUAUUCAUAAGAAGUAUAUUGAACAAACAAAUAUUUCGCCCUCAAAUAUAUAAUAAGUCUAAUUUUAUCUUUGUGAUCUUGAUGAUGACAAUGACAAUGAUGAUUUGCUUGUCAAUGAUGAUUUCAAUGCAAGUUCUCCGAAGCAUGAGUGAAUAUUGGAUGUUCAUGUUGUUGUUUUUUUCACAAGAAAGCAAUAACUGCUUGUUUUAGCAUGCAGUUUAUUUUAGUCUCUAGGAGUAACAAUGUUGGUGAGUACUGUGAAUUAUUGUUGUAUGUAUCUGCUACCCAGAAAUGGGAUUGAGAAUUUUAAGAAGAAUACUCUUUGUUUUAUAAUGAGGAGAAGCAAGGUGCACUUGCUUAUUUUAAUGAUAUCCUAGUAAACUAUAGUUUAAUGAAAUGUGUUCCUCUGAAUAUUGACAAAUAAUUUAAUAAUUUAAAAAAAUUGUACCAUGAACAAGCAAAAGCAUAUUAUAUUAAAUAACAAGAAAUAUGAAUGUUGUUAAGGUCAAAAUUCAUAAAAUAUGAACAAAUCAAAUUACAAAACAAGCUACUAAAAACUAAAUGGGGCAAGAAGCCAUACAUGUUCUUCAGAUUCUUCUGAUUAACCUAUAUGACUAACCAACAAGUUAAUUGUACUGUAGAGAGGGAAUAUUGUGAGUACAUUUUACCAUCAAAAGUGAUGUUGAAAGAUGACCUUGGCUUCCAUUCUUCAAAAUGCAUACAUGUUUGACUAUCAAGAAAGAAGAAAGAAGGACAUUGAGAGUGUCAGUUGAUAUAACUUAAACUAUUUUUAUGAAGUAUUUUGAUCAACAUCUUUUUAACACAACACUCUUUAUUACUAAUUUCUAAUGCACCCAGAAAUUGAAACAAAACUAUUCAGCCUCCAGCCAUGUGAAAGGUGUCUAUGUUUUCCUAAAAUACCCAGGAUCUCAGGAAAAAUCCUUAAAAUGGAAUGUGAAUAUUUAGAUUUUGAGUGAAAAAAUGUGAACAUUUGAUUGUUUACUCUAUCAAUUCUAAUUCUGUGCACACCAAUUAAAUUAGUUUUGAACCAUACUCUGUGCGUCACUGCUCUGCAAUAUCAGGCUAACAUCACCAGCAAUAGCAAAGUUCCAAGAAAGAGGCUGCUUACCAUCAAAUUAUUGCUAUUCACAUAUAGUGUUAAGAAAUAACAAUUUUUUUGAUAUUCUUGAUUGAUGAAGUACUGUUGUACAUUGUAUCCGUAUAUACUAUACAGAUAUAUUGUGCAGCAGUAUUUGUGAAGACUCAUUUGGUUAAAAUAUUCAAUUUAUUGCAAUUUUAUAAGAGAGUAGACCACAAAGCAUGUUACUUUUUGGAAAAACAUUUUGUGUUCUUGUUCAGCUGCAUUUUUGCUGCUGCAGAUUACUAGUCCAAUAAAUAAGAAUAUUAAUUCAAACCUGAUGAGUCAGAAGCUCCAAGGCCAAAUGGCUUUCUGAUUCACCUUGUCUGAAAAAUGUUCAUGUUAAUAGUGAUUUGUGUAAUAAAUAUAAAUUUCCAAUAAUAAUUUUUCCAUUAUAACUUGUAAUUGAUGACAAUGGCUUUUAUGGUUUUUCAGAAUGAGAUUGAACAGAUGAUAAGGCUUCAGUUUGGUGGACUGAGUUUAAAUCUGCAAAGUAUUUGGAACGUGUCAUUUUUUAAAGUGGUCUUAUUCUUUGUGUUUUAUUAAAAAAAUUAACAUUUUGACUAUGUUUUUAAAUCACUAGGUCAUUAUUAAAUGUCAAUUCUAAGCAUCUGAAAGUAAAAAAUA